AUGCAGUUCUCUACCACCUUCUUUUCCCUUUUAUCCGUCGUUAGCUCCGCCCUGGCUGCUCCCGCCAUGAGCACUUUUGCUGACGUCGAGGUUGUUGCGGAUAAGCGCUCCGUCAGCGGCUGGUGUGGUGUACACGCCAACAUCAACAUAGUAGUCGGCAGCAGCAAGAAGGUGACCGUCAAGGUCUAUGACGCCAAACAGUUCCUCCUCGCCCAGCUGCAAAGCCUGGGCAUCAUCAAGGUUGCAAACUGCUGGGCCAUAUUACAUGGACUGCACAGAUGA